GUUACUUUCCACGCGUACCCCAUAUUCUAUCGCGCACUAAGGUGUUGUUCUCACCUCCAUCUUCCCAACACCCUCUCAAGAUGUCAUUCAAAGUAGAGCAAGUGCUACCUUCUAAUCCAGUCACCACUCGUGGUAGCUUCACCUCAAUCUCUACCGAUCCAAAAGGAACGAAAUUGGUAUAUUGUCAAUCAAGAACAGUGAUCAUUCGACCAAUCUCAUCAACUUCUGAUGCUCAAACGAUUGUAUAUGCACAACAUUCUCAACCGACAACCGUUGCACGAAUUUCACCUUCGGGCUUCUAUUGUGCAAGUGCAGAUACGGGUGGAAAUGUUCGUGUUUGGGAUUUAGCAGGAACAGAUCAAGUUUUAAAGUUAGAAAUUCGUGCUUUAGGAGGUAAAAUUACAGAUUUGGUUUGGGAUGGAGAAUCAAAACGAAUUGGUAUUGUUGGAGAAGGAAAAGAUAAAUUCGGUCACUUUUUCAUGAUUGAUUCAGGUAGUAGUUGUGGUGAAGUUACUGGACAUUCAAAAGUUGCCAAUGCAAUCGCAAUGAAGACAUCUAGACCUUUCCGUGCCGUUACUGCAGGCGAUGAUGGAAAUAUCGUCUUUUAUAAUGGAGUUCCAUUCAAGUAUGCAAAGAGUAUUAACACCCACAAAGGAUUCGUUCAGUCAUUAAGCUAUGCGCCAAGCGGAUCUCAUUUUGUAUCGGCUGGUUCAGAUGGACAGAUCUUUGUCUAUGAUGGCGCGACAGGUGAUUCACCGAAACCUUUGGUUGAUGGUGCCGACGACACAGCACACAAAGGUACUAUCUUCAGCAUUGCAUUCAGCGCAGACUCCAAAUAUGCCGUAUCUAGUGGAGCUGACGGCUUGGUAAAGGUGUGGGAUAUCGAAUCUGCCAAGCUACACAAAUCCUUCGAUCUCAACGGCAAAAACACAAUUGUGACCGGAAACAAGGCAGAUGAUCAACUGGUCGGUGUCACUUUUGCUGAAGGUUCAGCCAAAGUGGCCGUCGUCAGCUUGGCAGGAGAGAUCAACGUCAUUGAUGUGCAAAGCGGCAGUAUCGAGAAACUACAUGGAGCUACCAAGUCGAUCAGCACAGGAGCCUUGGUUAAAGCCGCAGAUGGUGGAUUGGUAGCAGGAUCGUUCGAUGGAAGGGUGUUACGCUAUGAUGAGAAAGGGCAGGCAAGCUUGGUCUCUGGAUCCUCAUCGUCUGCAGCCGUUGUUGGCCUUGCAAGUUCGAAAGAUUCUGUUUGGUCGAUCAGCUUAGAUGAUACCCUUCGCAGGAUCACUGGCGGAAAGUUUGACUCGACUUCCCAUCCUCUUACCGGACAGCCAAGAGCUGUAGCUAGUGCCUCAAAUGCUUCCUCUUCUGCAACUAUUGUCGCUACAACAAGUGGUGUUGAUAUCUUCUUAGGUAGCCCUGCCGUAAAAACACAUAGACCUUCAAAUGAUAGCAUCACUUCUGUUGCUGUUUCUGAAGAUGGCAAGUAUUUCGCUUUGGGAAGAGAAGAUUCCAAGGUGGUCCUAUGUACUUUGGACGCAAGUGCAGGCCAAUUGCGAGAUGAGGCAACAUUCGAAAGUGGAAGGAGCACAAUCUCAGCUUUGGCAUUCUCCAAAGGGAACAAAUAUCUCGCAGCAGGCGAAAGCAACGGAAAGAUUAACGUGUACGACCUUGCUGAAAAGAAGAUCAAAUUCAAUCAAUGGGUCUUCCAUACUGCACGUAUCAACGCUUUGGCCUUUUCGCCCGAUGGUACACAUGCAGUGAGUGCAUCCUUGGAUACAAAUGUAUACGUUUGGUCUACCCUCAAACCUAUGAAGAGUAUUGCGAUCAAAAAUGCAUUUGCUGGAGGUGCAAACGGGGCAACUUGGAUAGACGAUAAUAGAAUCGCAAGUGCGGGUGCAGAUGGAACUGUAAAGGUAUACUCAAUCACUCGUCAUGCAGCAUAGUUGUAAUACAAUGAAGUUCGAUUGACUACGGAUAUGUGGCCGAGCUGUCAGAUUAAUGGGAGCCUGAUA